AUGACAUCAAAACAUUCUUGGCCAACAUUUUCUUCUGAAUUAUUAAAUGAUUUAAAUUACGAGUAUGAUAUCGAAAAUUCUAAUAACGAUAAGAAGACAAAUGGAUGCAAGAUUAAAGGAAAUAGUUACGAUGAACACAAUGACAAAUAUAUGAAUAUAACUUGCAUAUCGAUGAAAUUGAAUAAGUUUCAAACAUUCGAUUGUCAAAGGAUUAAAGCAGAUAUAUACAGUAACUAUUACAAAAUAUGGCCAAAAUGUAAAGAUCAAAAUACCAAUACUACCCAGACACUUACACAUGAAAGGCAAUCUGAUAAAGCAAUACAGUGUUCGAAAAGUAAUGAGUUUCUGCAGAUCUCACCUGACAUUAAAUUUGCUUCACGAUCAUCACUUGUAAUAAAUAUGGAUCCUAAGAACGUUAAGUAUCGGCAAUAUCAUCAACAACAUCGUUGCUCUGAACAUAUAUCGAAACGGAAAUUUAUUACAUCGGUCGUACCAUCACUAGAAUAUAUUGCUAACUACAAACCGAAUUUUUAUGACGAAAAUAAACAAAAUUUUCUUAAUUUGCGAAGUUUCUCUACUAGUGCAACAUUUGGUUUUCAGAAAAGAAUUUUGAAAACUCGGCGUGUAGCUGAUAAUGUGGACAAUACUUUAGAAGAUAAAGAUAAUGUCCGUAUUGAAAAUGAUUUGAUCUCAUUUCGUCAUAAUAAUAGGUCCAAGAUGACAAAAAAAUUGAGAUCCAGAAAUUUAGAAAAAAGCGAUAUUCUUAUGGUUAAAAAGAUUCUUCUAGAUGAUUACAUUACGGAGGUUAGAGAGAUUAUUCAUCCAGAGGGUUCUAAAAUGGAAGGAUCGCAAGAAACAAAAAUUCUCGAAAAUGUAAAGAAAAGAAUGGACAUGGAUCCGGUGGAAGUGAAAUUUUCAGCGUCGAUGCAGGAAUUUAUGUGCCCGACGUUAUCGUCUAGAAGCAGCAAUUGUUGCUCAUUUAUUCCCUAUAGUGAUGACUGUGAUAAAAAUGUAUUCCUCGGUAAAAGUAAUCCUUUUUUUGAUAAAAAUUUAAAAAUUGUAUGUGAAUUAAAAAAAGUAAAAAAGAAUCAUCCGUGCAACCUCGAAGUUAAGUCUAGUCUCUCAACAGAUUUAGGUGUCCAAGUGGAUUUUUCGCAUCUUUAUAAUGACUGGCAGUCGUUAAAUGAUCUCAAUGUUAACACAAGCCAAGAUGAAAUCGCGAAAUUGUCCUCUAGGAGUUACAGUGACGAUGUCUUAUACCAGCGAGUCGAAAACGCCGUUCGGAUAUUUACUGAAAAGCUAAUAUUGUGUGAAAGACGAAUCGGCGAUCGUUCGAAAAUACAGAAGCGACAACAGGAUGAGCGAUGGGUAGAUCACGAACCUUCUAUCUCCUUUUCGGAUAUACUGGCAACAGAUCAUAGCGCUAAUAACACCUGUAUUUAUCCGUCAAAUGCAUGCUGUACCAGUGAAGAUGAACAGAUAUCAGGAAUUUCGACGUCAUCCUUCAUUUCUCUCACUGAUUCGGAGAUUCUUCCAGCUUUCAAAAUGUCAAUUUUAAAAUAA